AUGGCUCAAGGAUUGUUUAGGGAUGUGGGAAAGAAGAACAAGAAAGGCAACAAGAUUCUUGGCAAGCCAUUCACCUUGCAUCAUUGCUAUGAAGUUCUAGGAAAUGAAGAAAAGUGGAAGACCCGCGGUAAGUUGGAUGCGGCAACUAUGGCGGCCAAUGCUACCGGUGAUGCAACAAUCAUCGAUGAUGAUGAUUCAAGUGAUGAAGGCAAGAAGAGAAGCUCCACUCCUCACUCGGUCAACAAUGGGCGGAUGAAUGUGCAUGGUAGGAAGACCGCCAAAUAUAUGAAGGGAAAGAAGGACGGAGAUGGCGACAUUGCAAUGGCUAUGGAAAGAAUUGCAAAUGCACGAUUGCAAGCAAAUAAAGAUAGAAAGGUGCAAAGAAAUUUGGAGAAAGAGGCUAUGGAUGCUAUUGAAGCUAGAAGAGCUGCGUUGGAGGAGAGGGUUGCCGCCAACGAGGAGAGAAAGUUGGCUUUGGAGGAGAAGAGGCAAGCCACCGAGGAGCAUCUACGCCUAGCGGAGGAGGAGAGAAAGCUUUUCUUGAUGGAUACUUCCCAAAUGGAUGAGAGGCAAAAGGAGUACAUCAACCUUCUUCGCGAUGAAGUGUUGGCCAAGAAGAGAUUGUUGGUAGCCAACAUGAACACUUCCGCGACCGGCAUGUUUGGAGGAGGCAUGCCGACAUUUGGAGGAGGAAUGGGAGGCAUGGCCGGCAUGGGAGACAUGGCCGGCAUGGGAAGCAUGCCCAUGCCCGGCAUGGCCGCCAUGGGAGGCUAUGGAGGCAUGACCGGCAUGGGAGGACCAACCUAUGGAGGAGUGUUUGGAGGGACUAUGGGAGGCUCGGUGAGUGGUGUGUAUGGUAGUAUGGGAGCACCACCGGGAGGCUUCGUGUCUUCCAUGAAUGCUACUAUUCCUCCUUCAACCCAAGAUGAUGAGGAAGAAGAAGAAGGUGUUGACUUGGAAAACGCCGAAGUGUGA